CCUUUCAUACAAAUAUUGGGCGAACCGGCGCGCCGGCGCAUUCGUGUUGUGUCGCUAGUUACUAUCACACUUGGACCUAAUUUUAGUAUUUAGAUUAUUCACAAUGAAGGCUUUAUUAGUGCUUGCUGUGUAUGCUGUCGCCGGAUAUGCUAAGAUUUUACCCGAAGACUUCCCACAAUGCAAACGCAGCGACCCAAACCUCGAGAGCUGCAUCCUACAAGCAGUGGAAGUGGUGAAGCCGCGACUCCUAAACGGUAUCCCUGAAGUGAGCAUCCCAGCGCUGGACCCGUUCUCAGUACCCACACUGAAGCUAGAUAGAACUGCCAACAACUUAAGAUUGAAAGCCACGAUUAAAAAUAUGAAGGCAUAUGGAGGAUCCAACUUCAAGAUUGAAAAGUUAAGACUAAACCUGAACAACAAGUAUGUAGGUGAAGUGCGAGUGACGAUACCCAAGUUGGACGUAUCAGCGGACUACGACGUUCGCGGCUCACGCAUCCUCGCUCUCGACAUCAGCGGGAAAGGGAAAUUUAGGAGCAAUUUCACUGACAUAACAGUCAUUGCUAAGGGCAGCGCCAAGCCGGUUGUAAAAGAUGGCGUCGAGUACUUGCAGACUGACAAGAUCAUUACCAAACUGAAGAUCGGCAACGGUCAGGUCAUUAUUGAAGACACUGAGAGACCUGUUGCUGCUAACUCCGCCGCAGCAUUCUUCAACGGCAGCCCCACAAUAGUUUUGGAUAUCCUGAACCCACUAGUUGAAGAAAGCAGCGCACGAAUCUUCAAGGCUUUUAUCAAUAAAAUAUUUGGAACAAUUCCUCUUAAAGAAAUCCUGGUUGAAGACGCUUUGUAAUAUUUUUUGUAUGCCUAGGAUAAGGAUAAUGGAUAGUUUGAUUGUGAUAAUUAGUUUAUUUUAGCUAAUUAAGUUUACUAGCGUUGAAGACCUCUCUGGCGCAGCAAGUCGAUUCCCAGCACGGAUUAGUUUUUUUUAAUUUUAUUACAAGUUGGCCCUUGACUAACAAUCUCACUUGAUGGUAUGUGAUGAUGCGAUCUAAGAUGGAAGCGGGCUAACUUGUUAGGGGGAGGAAAUCCACACCCCUUUCGGUUUCUACACGACAUCGUACCAGAACGCUAAAUCGCUUGGCGUACCGCCAAGCGAUUUAGAGUCUUUGCCGGUAGGGUAGUAAAAAGCCACGGCUGUAGCCUCCCACCAACCAGGCCUGGUACAAUUAAGAAAACCUCAUUCGACGGUCCAGCCGGGGAUCGAACCCAGGACCUCCAUCUUCUACCGUUCCGAUAUAAUACCUUCACAAAUAUGGGUAGCAUAAACUUUUAUUUUACUUUACUUGUUACUCUCCCAUGUAAGCCCGCUUCAAUCUUAGACUGCAUCUUCACUUAACAUCAGGUGAGAUCGCAGUUAAGGGUUAAUUUGUCAGACAGUCAGCUCGUUUGGUGACGUACUACCGCAAUGCCAUCUGCCAUCUGACAGCAAUGCUGCGCCUCAGAUUGAAGGGCGUGGUUUCUGGUGUAGUUACACAUGAGGUCAACUCUUACACCUGAGGUUGAUGGCUUCAUGGCUACACUGGACGUGUCUUGUCCUGCGACGUGUUGCUCUGUUUAUAGACGUCUUGCUGACGCCACGCAGUUUCACCCGCGUGGUGCCCGUUCCCUUAGGAAUACGGGGAUAAAAUAUAGCCUAUAGCCUUUCUCGAUAAAUGGACUAUCUAACACUGAAAGAAUUUUUCAAAUCGGCCCAGUAGUUCUUGAGAUUAGCGCGUUCAAACAAACAAACUCUUCAGCUUUAUAAUAUUAUAGUAAUAGUAAUAGUAUAGAUGGUUGUCCACUUACUACCAGUGGCGCUGAUAUACGACCGACGAGACAAUCUCGUGAAGAUAAAUAGACAAAUUUCAACCCAUGACAAUGAGCCUAUUUCAACUCACUCCAAGGCCAAACCUCCCUCCUCAUAGGAUAUGGAGCUUUUUCCCACCAUGCUGCGGGUUACUGGGUAUGAAGACGUAGAUAACCUAUGAUAAUUCUUCACUAUCAAAUUUCUUUGAAGCCAAAGAUCUUUCUGUACCUGCGUUAAAAUUAUAAGAUCUUUGUAUGUACAUAAAUAACAUCAUCAGAUGUAAACUUUACUAUAUAUAUAUUGCAAGUUUGUGAUCUUGAAAACCUUCAGAUCUCGUGAAACAUACCUACAUCAGGAUACCAUUAUAUUUAUAUUGUUUUGUUUUGCAUAUGAUUUCCUGUAUUAGCAAGGAAAUCUUAAGGUUUAGGUCAUAGAAUACCACAGAACAAUAAAGUAAAUACGUUACUUGUAUCAUUUUAUAUUAUUUGUAUUAAAUUAUUAUUAAACACAAA